UGUUAGAGAGAUACAUAGCGUACGAAAUCUAGCCUAAACAUCUGACAAUGGAAUUAAACUCCACCAACCUGACAAGGAUUUUACUAUUACGAAUAUCAUCAUCAAGGAUACAGCAAUAACCAGGAGGCUUUUACGAAGAAUACCCAUUCUCUGCUGAUGUCCUGCCCCCAUUACCAGAGAUCCCUGCUGGAGGGGCACCUUUGAGUCCAGUGGGUUUCCCCAGCAGCCCCAUUCGAAACUCCGCCCUACGUUACUGUUCCACACGCAGCAUGGACUCCGCUCACUGCAAUGACCGGCCAAUCAGCUAUGGCUCCACAUCUUCCUCAGCCUCCUCGCGGGACAGUCACUGCUCUCUGGGAAGCCGAACUGUGCUUGGUCCGGCCCUCGAGAGGGAUCGGGAUGCCGGAGCAAUCCGAUUGGAGCUUGUGCCCGCCCGUCAGCUGGAGGAGGAAGAGGAGGAGAAAGCGGGCAGACAGACACCCAAACAAACAAGGCGGGCAGACAUAAAUGCAGAUGGCACGCAGGCGGGCGAAGGACGUAAGGUCCAGUACGUAGACCGAGUGGUGCAGGAAAUACUUGAGACAGAGAAAACCUACGUUGAAGACCUAAAGAGCAUCGUCCAGGAUUAUUUGGACUGUAUCAGCAACCAGUCACGUCUCUUGCUAGAGGCAGAGGAAAGAAACUCUCUGUUUGGAAACAUCCGGGACAUUUACCGCUUUAACAGUGAUCUGCUUAAUGACUUGGAGAAGUGCAAUGCAGACCCUGUUGCCAUUGCUAAGUGUUUUGUAGCCAAGAGCGAGGAAUUCCACAUUUACACACAGUACUGCACUAAUUACCCAAGGUCUGUGGCUGUGUUAACAGAGUGUAUGAAGAAUAAGGCGGUGGCUAAGUUUCUGCGUGAGCGUCAGGAGUCUCUGAAACACUCCCUGCCCCUCGGCUCGUACCUGCUCAAGCCCGUCCAGAGAAUCCUCAAGUACCAUCUACUGCUCCAUGAGAUAGCGACUCACCUGGAGAAAGACUCUGAGAUGCAUGGUGUGGUGAAAGAGGCCAUAGAUACCAUGCAGAGAGUGGCCUGGCAUAUCAACGACAUGAAGAGGAAACACGAGCAUGCAGUACGACUGCAGGAGAUCCAGAGUUUGUUGACAAACUGGAAGGGGCCUGAUUUGAUUGGAUAUGGUGAGCUGGUGUUGGAAGGAACAUUCCGGAUCCAGCGAGCGAAGAAUGAGAGAACACUGUUCCUCUUAGACAAAGUCCUGCUUAUCACUAAGAAACGAGAGGAGACAUACACGUAUAAAGCCCAUAUACUGUGUUGUAACUUGAUGCUGGUAGAGGUCAUUCCUAAGGAACCACUGAGUUUCAGCGUGUUUCACUACAAGAACCCCAAACUGCAACACACAGUACAGGCCAAGUCCCAGCAAGAGAAACGGACAUGGAUUCUGCACCUGAAGCGUUUGAUACUUGAAAAUCAUCCUGCCAAAAUCCCAGCUAAGGCAAAACAGGCAAUUUUGGAAAUGGAUGCCAUUCACCACCCAGGGUUUCACUAUACUCCUGAGGGAGAGAAGAGAAGCUCGUCCCAUACAAAGGAAGGCCCAUCUCCCAGGAGAGUACGCAGGAAGACAGAACCGUUAUCCAAAUUACUUAAAAAUCCAAAGCAUAGUGUGUCCAGUCCAGACACGCAAAAGCGAUCAAGUUUAGGGGCCACUCUCUUGUCCCCCAUGGUCCACCUUGGCUCUAUUGGCCGCUCCCGUAGCCUUGUCAACCAAUCACAGGAGUCCCUGGACCCUAGUGACCAUGGCGACCCCAGUGAUGUAGAGGAUUCAGAGGGACUUCAUCAGCAAGAUGCAGAUGAUGAGGAUGACAGUGGUCUGGGCUCAAGAGGUAAGCUUAGAGUUCCGGGAAAGUCCAGUAGGAAGAGGCUUAACCCACAGGUGUCUGUGGACAGUAUUGACCAGUGGAGGAACCACAGUCUCAGCCAUGCUGACCUGCAGACGGCAAAAGAGUCUCUUCAGAUGGACACGGCCCACGCCCCAAUCCUACAGGUGACAAGUCCCUCAGAGUCACAGGCAGAUGACCACAUCAUCCGCAUUCUGGUACCAGGCAGUGAACAUUCUGUCCCCAACAUCUGGGCAGACCACAGAGUGCGAAAUGCCAUGUUUCCGACAAGGCAGCAGACUGUCCAAAUUGAUGACGAAGAGGACAUCUACCAGAUGUUUGUGCCAUCUGAGAAUGAACUCAACAGGCAAGAGCCAGACAGCGACCACGAUUCGAGCCCUGGUCGUCCAGGACGACCAUGUAGUUGGCACGUGGAACAGACUCAGACAGUGCAGUUAGACCUCCCAGCCAGUCAGAGCAGAGUAUUGCGUAGAGCGAGCAGUGUGGGAGAGAAGCAAACUGAUCAGCAAAACCCAGCCACUCGGGCAAACCAUGAUCCAGAAGAGAGUAGCCACCAAACUGAGUCCUCAAGCAAUGACAUCUCAGGCUCAUCAUCAGCUGAACAGCUGACAAUUGACGACAUUGAGAAUGUUUAUGACAACAUCAGUUACGAGGAACUGCAGGCCAUGGGUUUGAUUCGGCGAGAUCAAGAGGUCAGCCACAGAUCCUCAGGAACUACAGAGGUCAAACAUGGCCCAGAUACGCCAGUUUUGGUUGUUCCUCCAUCAGAGACUGAGAGCUCCUCAGAAAGUAAUAGAUCCUCUGGCCAGGAAGGUGCCCUGUUUGGAACUUGUGAUUUGCAAAUUGUAGAGGAAGAAGAGAAUAUCUAUGAUACCUUCUUUUUCCUGAAGCCUACACAGCCGACUAAAAAAAUGGUCAGACAGAACAGCAUGCAUGUGCCUGAACCAGACCCCGAAGGUGAUGAGAGCUUGGGCGGCUCCGCUUCUGAGGAGAGCUUGCGUAUGAAAGAGGAAAGAAAGGAUGAGCAGUCUCCACUGUAUGCUAGCAAUACAUCAGGCAUAGAGACAGACUACUCCUCUUCCUCCACGUCAGAGACAGUUUCACAGCACAUCACAACUGACCACACUUCCCAACAGGUAGAGGAGAUCUGGAAUGACCUGGAGAAUUACAUCCGAAAUAAUGAGAAGAAACAGGACAGAUUACCAGCUGCAUUUCCAGUCAGUGGGCAAGACUCGUUUGGUGUACAUGACUCCCCAAAGAAAUCUCAUGAGUCCCCUCGAAAAGCACGAGACUCUCCACGCAAAAAGAUCAACUCUCCCCACAAAACACAAGAUUCUCCGUGCAAACAGAAGGGUGUGCCCAAAGUGAGCAACCCCCCUGUGCUGACCUCAUCUCCAACUCCUAAUCCUCCUCCUCAGUCUCUCAGUAUCCCUGUAAUUAAGGUUGCUGAACCUGUGCAAGAGGACAAAGAUCUUAAUCUUUCUCCCACAGCAACUCCUUCCCAGCCUCUUCCGCCCACCCCAGUACCUCAGCCAGGUACAGUGAAGAGCAUCAGGAACAAACUGGCCAGGCUAAGCAGUGGAAGCUUCCGGAUGGAUGAUGAGGACCUUCCACCUCAAAGGGAUGCAGAACUUCAGGCACUUCUCUCUGGGCUGGAUGCACCUCUCUUGCCCUUGGCAUCCUCCAGCCUGCUGCUGGGUGGGGAGGCUGGAGACCAAGUGCUAGAGCUUGGUGAGAAAGGUAAGAAUAGAGUCUUCCUCAUGGCAAGGCAGUACAGUCAAAAGAUCAAGAAGGCCAACCAACUGCUGAAGAUGAAGAGUAUGGACCAAGAACCCACCUGUGCACGAUUGAGAACAGCGAGGCAGAAAGACCUUGCUGCCAUCUUGGAGGAAAAGAAACAAGGCGGGGCUGCCAUCGGUGCACGAAUUGCUGAGUACUCACACUUAUAUGAGCAGGUGAUGUUUAAGGAGCCUCCUGUUACUGCAGAGAUGCAAAAGACUUUUUCCAGCAUGGCAGGUCCUCAUGCUCACUCCUCACGGCCCCUCUCAGGCCUAACCUCUUCUCCCUCCUUGCCUGACAGAACGACCCUGGAGGAAGAUUGGCUAAAUUGCACCUAUAGUAAUGGAGAACUUGCUGACUUUGUGUCUUGGCCAUCUGAAGGAGAAGGGCGUGCCUCAACCCCCCAGCGACGACUGAACCCAGCAAGCUCCGUUCCUGCCUUGAAAAACCUCCCUCCCCCUCCAAUCACUCCACCCAGUCAGCGCUGGAGCACUUGCGUGACCCCGGCCAGCAAAGAUGACUCUACACACAUUUAUAGUUCACUAGGGUGCAACAGUUCUUCCAAUGUGCCACCCUACAGCCGUUGUCAGUCCUCAUCCUCGUUGGCCCUGCAGCCUGAGAAGGAGAAUAGUGUGGGUGUGAGUAACCGGGGGUGGGAAGGGCAAAGAGGUUCAGGGGUCCCUACACAGACAGGGCGUGGCCUUGGACCUCGGCAGCACAGUCUGCCUGAGCGACCCAACCAGUUGACUUCUGACCUCUCAGUGAACAGUGACCUCACACUGCGGGACUCGCAGCAGGUUGUGGUGUUGAAUAAGAAGAUGCCACUGAGUGCACACAGUGCCACACAGAACUAUCUGGCUAACUUCAAAGACAAUGGAGACAAUGAUGAUGAUUAUGUGGAGAUCCGCUCGGAGGAUGAAAGUGAGCGGGAAGCUGUUGUCUCAACCCAUGCCCGAAGUUUGCCAUGCACACCGUCCUCCGUGAACCCAGUGACAUCCUUUAAUGCACUGUCAGAUUGUGGCCAUCUGAAUGAGUACCAGUGGAAAGAGCCAGAGGGAAGCCAGCAGGGACUUGGACAACCUAACAUUGUCCAGUCACUGAGAGAGAAAUUCCAGUGUCUUAGUUCUAGCAGCUUUGCAUGAGCACUCCAAAUUACUAGAUCUAU